AUGAGUAAUACACCUAUCAUAACUUUUUCACAAAGUAACAAAGGCAAACGUGUGAUUAUUUGUGAUGGAUUUGUAUAUCAGUUAAACAAGUCAUGUCCCGCGGUCAAAUAUUGGCGUUGUGAGAAUCGUCUGUGCUCUGCCGUUCUUCAUACUGAUGCCAAUGAUCAAUUCAAAGCACGUAAAGGUGAUCACUCAAGUCAUUUACCUUCACCUGAGCACAUCGAAAUUCUUAAUUUCAACGCUAACGUCAAAGAACGUGUAACUACCGAAGCCACACCAAUUGCUCGCAUUUACGACGAAGAAUUAGCUAAAGCUCAAUUAAGUCAAACUGCUCUUUGUAUUGUUCCAUCAGCACAAGAUGCAAGUUUUCCAUGUGUCUUCGUUCUUCUCACGGGCCGUUCCAAUCCCAUGUACAAAGACGUGUUUAAACAGCUUGAAGAAGAAGCUAAACGUCUUCAAAUGAACUUUUUACCAGAUCAGAUAACAACUGAUUUUGAAAAAGCACUUGUGAAACCACUGCAAAAACAGGCAAUUUACAGAAAAAUUCAAAAUCUUGGUUUAAGCAACAUAUACAAAGAUGAUGUCAAUGUGCGCAACAUGUGUCGACGUUUGAUGGCUUUACCUCUUCUUCCAUUAAAUGAAGUAGAGUUUGCGUUCGAAGAACUUACGGAACAACGUCCAGAUGUUCUUAUGCCACUUUUCGAAUACUUCGACAAUUUCUGGAUGAAAACAACAUCUAUGUAUUUAUGGAAUGUUUCUGACUUAAAAAUACGUACUAAUAAUAAUUGCGAGGGUUGGCAUAACCGCUUCAAUCAUAGAGUCGAUAAGGUACAUCCUAAUAUUUGGCAUUUUAUUGAUGUACUCAAGAAAGAAGAAGUUCAUUUUCAACAGCAACUUCUCCAUGCUAAAAGCGUUACAGAAAAUCCAUCAAUUAUUUCUAAAUCAGAAUCAUCAUUUUAUCCUACAACGAAUAUUCGACAUUCUAAUGGAGAUGGAAUAAGAGAUAUACGUGGUAUUAUUCAACGACUGAAUUAUAUAAAAAAUCUUGGAGCUGAUCUUAUUUGGAUUUGUCCAAUUUUUAAAAGUGCUAAUGAUGUAAAUAUUUUUCAUCCUAUAUCGAAAAUUACAAUUGGCUUUUACUCAACAAUGUCAAAAAUCCAAAAAAUGUCCACUUUACCUAAAGUCCGCUAA